AUGUCAAGAGACCAAUACAACAUUCAUGACAUAAUUCCAAAUAUGAAGAAAAAUUGGACUGUCUUGAUUCAAGUUUUGGAAUGUGGACACAUAAAACUAAGUAAGGAAAGGAAAAAAUUUAGAAGGAUCGUGUUUGCUGACACACAGGGAACAAGGGUGCAAGCAUUAAUCUGGAGCAAUAACCUUGACUAUUAUGAAAAUACUUUCGAACCCUACAAGCGUUAUCAAAUAUCAAAUGCUAAUUUGAUAUACACUGAACCACGUUUUCAACUUGAUUCAUAUGAAUAUUCAUGGACACUAAGCAAACUGACACUCAUUGAACCUUUUCAAGAUGAAACCUCACCAACACUCACAUGCAAUUUCACCUUUACUCCCUUUAGUGACCUGUACAAAUAUGCAGAUGAGGAAAGAGAUAUAAAUGUGAGGGGUAUUGUAAUAAAAUGUUUUCCAAGUCAAAAGAUGAAACAAGGCCAAGAGCCAUCUUCAAAAAGAGAUGUAAUCAUUGUUAACGAAGAGAAAAAACUUUUAAUAUUAACAUUAUGGAAUUACAUCAAUGAAAAUGAAGGCAAUACCUUAGACCAAAUAGUGGAAUCCGGGCCAAUGAUAUUCGCACUGAGAGUAAAGGUGACAACUUUCUACGGACAAUCACUCUCAACAAGUAGUAGCUCUGCAAUUCUUAUAAAUCCACCAGUGACAGAUGAUUUACAGCUAAAAAAUUGGUAUACAAAUAGCAAAACAGGAAUUAAAAAACUACUUCAACAACAAACAUAUAAGGAUACCGAUAUUCUGUUGCCCCCUCCCCAAGAGAGAGACAUACUUCUGAUAGGCAAAGCAAUUACAAGAAUGAAAAAUGGUAAACCUACAUGGAUAAAAGGAAGUCUUAUGUUGCCUCGUCAAGAUAGAAGUUUCACACAAACAGCAUGUGCCAAUUGUUUAAAACCAGUUGUGGCUGAUGUACAGUGGAUCAUCACAUGCUCUGCCUGCAAAAAACAAUCUAAAGUGCAGCUCAUGUCUAGGGCAAUAGUCGAAAUCGAUGAUGGUACCGGUUCAAUUGCAGCAAUGAUUUUAACGCCAGAAAUUGAAAAGUUUAUGAAAGUCGACUACAAUGAUAUCAAAGAUGCAGGAGAAAAUAUAAGCCUAUUAUUUUAA